AUGCCGCCUUCCAACAAGGCCGAUGGCCCCGUCACUCCCAAGAAGGGCGCUUCCAAAGUUUCCUCUUCCUCACCGCUGGGUGAGAGCGGCCACGACGAUGACACCACCGGUUGGGAAAUAGUGUCUGCACAAGGACCCGAACUACCGAACGGAGGCCUUACAGAGGACGAGAAUUCCAACGCGAUCCUGAACCUCGAGCUCCACGAUCUAAUCGCCCUACUCGAGCCCAAGAACCACAGCAGCGGCGACAAAAAUCAUACAAUCAACACACAAUCAUACUGGACUGCUUUGCUCCUCUCCACCUCCAACUCUUCUUCAACCCAAGCUCCAGCUCGUGUCAGCACCACGCACCCCCUCGCCUGUCUGGUACUUGAUCCGGACCUCCUUCUCAACCUCUGGCGCUCAACUGGCACCCACCUCUCCUCAGCUUCUGCCCCUGCACAACAAGAAAGUCACCAUCGUCUGCGCAGACCUCGUCGCCCCUACCCCCUGCUCUACGUCGACCGCGACUCCAAGCGCAAGAACUACGGCGUCUCCGGCUUCCGCGAAACAUGA